UCGGGUGUUAGAGAGGUGCUAUAUAAAGAAAUAAAUACGCAAAUAAGGAAAAAAAGCCGACAAUUAAAAGAAAGUUAUGAAACAGUGAAAACAGAUAUACAUAGAGGUAUAGAGGAAAGUUGCAACUGCAAAAAUCGCAUCCUUUGCGCCGCUGUGACUGACUUGCUCAGUUAGCCAGUUAGCCUGUACAUGCUGCUACUACGUUGAUUUGUUUUUCUUUCUUCUGGACACUCUCAGAUUCUGUCGUUCGUCCCGGUGUGUGAGGGCGAUGCGGAAGGCGUGCACGGGUCGUGGUCAUGUGACCCGACCCCACCGUUGGUGACAGGGUCAUGGAAGCAACUGGGUCCUACUGUCCCCUGAGUUACUGCCCCAACACAGCCGGUUGUGUGUGUGUACGUGCGUGUUAGGCGUCGGCGCCGAUGAGAAUGUCUGAAGUUGCGCUGGAGGAAAGAGGCUGCGACGCGAUGAAAGUCUUAGAGAGCGACGGUCCUCCCAAACACGAGCACAACGCCACACACACGCAGCACCAAGAGCACACGCACAACGAGUGUGUGAAAGAACAGAGCUGCUCGGACCUCAGUAACCAAACACAGCCGUCCACCACAGCAGGACAGCCAAUGAGACGCUCCAAGUCCAACGCAAAAGUAAAAUUAGUCCGGAGUUUGGCGGUGUGUGAAGAAUCGUCGCCGCCCACGAUCACAGAAGCAUCACACCAGGAUAAGAUCCAUUUGCAGCUCAGCCAGGCUUCGGAGAAAGAGGAAGCCGCCAGCGGGGAUGAAGAUCACACGGAGAAGAGCCCGGAAAAGACUGAGCGAGCCGACAAAUUGCCAAGAAGAUCACUGUCGAGAGACCCCAGUCAGGAGUACACCGACUCCACAGGCAUCGAUCUCCAUGAAUUUCUGGUCAACACACUGAAGAAUAAUCCUCGGGACCGAAUGAUGCUGCUGAAGCUGGAGCAGGACAUUCUGGACUUCAUCGGUAACAACGAGUCCCACAAGAGGAAGUUCCCCCCGAUGACAUCAUACCACCGGAUGCUGCUGCACAGAGUGGCGGCGUAUUUCGGCCUCGAGCACAACGUCGACCAGACCGGCAAAUCGGUCAUCAUCAACAAAACCAGCAACACCAGGAUACCGGAUCAGAAGUUCUCCGAGCACAUAAAAGACGACAAAACCGACGAUUUCCAAAAGCGCUACAUCCUGAAGAGGGACAGCCUGAGUCUAGACCAGGAGGAUGGCCGGCUGAGGAUGCGCCUGAAGGACGACCGGCGGAGCAAAUCCAUCGAGGAGCGAGAGGAGGAGUACCAAAGAGCGCGAGAGCGGAUCUUCGCUCAGGACGGGCAAGAUCAUUUCCAGCUCGAUAAGAGGAUUCAGGAGGAUAUGGGUUACAUCAGCAGUCAUCAGAAGCGGCAACUCUUCAGGUUGAGGGACAGCAGCUCGGAGAACGAGCCGCGAAGCCUGGAGCCUCGGCCGUGGAGCAGCACGGACUCGGACAGCUCGCACAGAAACGGGAGACCGGCCAUGACUAAAGCCAGCAGCUUCAGCAGCAUCAGCGUGCUCAUUCGCAGAGACAGCACCGCCAGCAGCAGGAGCACGGGGAGGCUGUCGAAAACGGGUUCUGACUCCUGUAGUAGUGUAGGUUCAUCUACCGGCUCUCUCUCUCGGCCCGCGUUGUCGUUACCCGUCCAGGCCGUGCCCGCUCCACCCAGGCACGUCGCGGCUUGCACCGUAGACCCGGGCCCUCCGAGCGCCGCCGCAAACGCUACCACCCGCGCUGAUACUAACACUAGUGCUAACACUAACACAAGCUACUACCUCCUUCCUCUGGAGGCCUCAGGCAUCCCAGCGGGCAGCGUGCUGCUACACUCUCAAACAGGUCAGCCGUUUACCAACCCCGACGGCAGCGCCGUGGUCUACAACCCUACCUUGACGUCACAGCAGGGGAGGGGCCAGCAGCCCUUGGCUCCACCUCCACAUCUCCAACAGCACCAGCCGGCCAAUCACGUUGUGACGCAGCAUUGUGGUCAGUGUGUGCAGUACUCAGCGAUCUCUUAUCCUCCUCCGCUCCUGCCUGUUCCUCUAAACCAACACUACACUGUGCAGGACAGUCUGGGGAACCAGUUCAGCCAGUUGAGCCUGGUACCAGGCGAAGUGCCAGACCGCCAGUCGGGCCUCUUUUCCCACUCCAUGGUGCUCCAGAAUUCGGCCCCCACGGGCUACGUGCUCCAGCCUGGUCAGCCUGUCCCCAUGCCCACGUACCCACCACCCACGCCAAGCAUCCAGCAGCAGGGAUACAUCCAGCAGCCUGUGCAGCAGAUGUCCACAUGUUACUGUGCUCCUGGUCAGUAUUCCCACUCGAACCAGCACUACAGACCAGUUACCCCAGUACACUACAGCAGCCCACAGAGUCAACACGUACCACCGCAACAACCGGGUUAUCAGACCCUAAUGCAGAGUCAACCCCCCAACUACCAAGGCAUGAUGGGAGCUCAGCAGCCUCAGAGCCAAUCACUGGUCAGCAACCAGGCUGGCCUAACCAAUCAGAUUCAGGGUGUUGUGGUGCAGUACCCGCCCAUGCCGCCCUAUCAGGGCUCGCAGAACGUUCCUCAGCCAGCCUAUCAGCAACAACUUGUCUUGCAGGGACCGACCAAUCAGACGCAAGUGCCCUCGGCCAGCAUGCAGGUGUACUACAGCGUCCUGCCUCCAGGACAACACUCCCACUCCACUGUUAGUUCCACCGUGGGCUUCCUGCCGCCUCCGGGUUCCGAGCAGAUGCAGUUCCCCAGGGCCGCCUCUCCCUGCGGCUCUCAGCCAAUCCCAACGCAGCAGUGCACAGGCGUACCUCCGGCGCCCCCUGGUGGUAGCGGUGUGCUGAUGAUGCAGCUGAGCGUCCCUCCUCCUCCUGCUGCUGCUGCUCCCACCACCCAAUGGAAGCAAAACAAAUACUACAGCCUGGACCAGCAGCAUCACCACCACCACCACCACGGCUCCAAACCGUCUGAGCUGGGCCUGGUCGACACGACGCAGAACAGUCCUCAGCUGACCAGCCCCGCCCCUUCCCCCGCCCACUCGCCCGGUCCGCCCCAUCUGGCCAAUCUAAAGGGAAUCCGUCCUGGCCUCGCCCCUCUUCCGAUCAUGCCUCAGUUCUCUCGACCCUUCCUUCAAGGCGACUGCAGGUAUCCUUUACUCGGACAGCCUCUACAGUACAACCAUCCCAUCAGACCUCCUCUAAUGCACGGCUCUCAUCUGGUCAACCACCACUACCAUCCCCAUCAGGGUCCUAUGGGAAUCCGUCAUGGGGGACGUGGCCGAAGACCAACGAAGAAAUCACUGUCCACUGAUAGUAGCACAGGGGAGAUAGCGACCGGGCGUGUCCUGGAGGUGACGGACCUGCCAGCAGGCAUCAGCCGCGCCGAGGCCGACUCUUUGCUGGCAGAGCUGGGCAAGGCAGGCGCGCUCAUCAAAUGGCUGCCGGAGCAGCAGUGCCAACAUCCCCAGCGCUUGGAGAGCAGCACCACCACGACCUCCGACCCCGCCUCCAUGACCCCACGUGACCUCGCCUCUACCUACACCAUCCUGGCAACCUUUCCGUCAAAGCAAGCGGCGCAGAGCGCGCUGCUCAAACUCAACACCUCCAUCGGCACGUUUAGACUCAAGGCCAUCCAGAGGGCUGGCUCUCAGUGAGGCCACGCCUCCUCCUCAUCCUCCUCCUCCUCCUCCCCCUCCUCCUCAUCCAUCCCAUCACCAUUUUCUUGCCUCACUACGUCCUGUUUUGUUGCGUUCUCAUGUUUUUGUUUGCAUCACUGUGGUGUUCUGGGUUUGAUAGUUGUCUGGGGCUUUCUUUUCCCCCCCACUACCUGGGGUUUGUUUAAUACAGGGGAGAAGAAGGAAAAAUCUGAACCGUAACUGUUGACUCGAGAUUAUUUGAUCGAACCAAAAAAACAAAAAAAGCCCACACAAAAAAAAAAAAAAGGACACGUUUUGCAAUUUUUCUAAAGACUUGAAGAUGCUUUACCACAAAGACAGCAUGGUUGAUUUUGUACUGCAGAAUGGAAGCUUGGACCACGUGCACUUGCUCUUUGUCUUGUUUGCGACUCUUCUUUUUUUUUUUUUUUUUUUUUUUAAUUCUUUUUUUUUUUAUUUUCCUUUUUUUUAUUUUAAAGGGAGGGCGGAGUGGGGGUCAGGGGGCGGGGGAUAAAACACAAAGUCUGCUCAAUUUGGUACGUCGUCGAGACCACAAACAAGAGAAAGCUUCAACUUCUUGUGCCUUUAACCACAACUGCACUGUUGCUCUGUCGGAGAAAGACGUCACCAAACCGAUCGGGUUGAACAACUGAUGGAGAGAAUAAUUCGUCCUCCUCUUCCUCUGCCCUUUCUUUGAAUGUCAUCCGUUUCAGGCACCAACGGCAGCGAGCUCUGAGAGCUGAUCCGACUGGCUCUGGGUUUUAAUUUUAUUUAUAAGAGGCCGUUUUUAAAAAACAAACAAAAAAAAAAACAAAUUCACUCCAGCUCCACCCCCAACCACUCCCCUUCUCUCUCUAUCUCUCUGCAGAAAUGUGUGCGUUUUUGAAAAACUGUUUUUAUUUCAGUUUGAAACCAAUAAAUGUUUACACCAAACCGUGUGGAUUCUUUCAAAGGAAAAUGGCGCCAUCUAACGCUUCCGUCUUCAGUCUGGAGUGUUGUUUUUACACCAAAAGUAGACUAGUGCGUUUUCUGAUCCUGAUUACAGAAUUCUGUUGUUGUUGUACUGAAACACCGUGGCUCUAAACAGAAAAUUAAUAUAAUAAUAAACUAACUUAAGGCCGCAAUUGCGUUCAGAUUCACGCAGUAUCGUACUAUAUAGUAGCUCCAGGACGUACGCUACUAUUACCACCAUCGCCACUGAUAAAUUAUACGUGAUGCUCUUCUAUGUAUGUUUGUUUGUUUUUUCCAGAUUGAGCCGUGCACGUGCUGGACUCCACUUUCACCCAGUGAAUCAGUAAUAAUUCAGUGUUCUGAAUUCUGAGUUAUUUUUCAGGACUGAGAUGUGAAUUCGUUCCUUUCAUGCACUUCGGUGACCUGCGUCACGCCUCUGCUGAUCCUCUGACUUCACUGCACAGGUAGGUUUAAAUUGAGCCUCCCAGCUUUAUUAACUAUUAGAGUAUUGUGUAAUGAAAUAUAUUUAUUUAUUUAGUUAGUUCAGAUGACGGUUGUAUAAAAAGCAGGGUCCUAAAAUAAAAGGCGACGCCCUGACGAGUGAAACUGCAUCUGUUAAGAGAGAGAUGAACUUCCCACCCGAGAUUAAAGCAUGUGACCGGGGGCAGUUCCCCUCUUCAUGGCUCACUGGCAUUCAAAUGCGAUCACACCUGGCCAAACGCACUUUUUCACGAAUGUUAUGUAAUAUGGGGUUUUUUAAACAAAAAAAAAAAAACAGCUUUUUAUGGAUGUCAACUGCAGUAAAAUAGACUCGCUGGCGUUAAAGCUGUUCCUAAAAUAAUAUGAUGUCCAUCACUUACGCUAAAACAGUAGAUCUGAUGAACCAACCCCGGAGCCCGGGUAAUAGUGAACGAUCAGUACUGGGAGACGUUCCUCACUGAAUCGUCAUCAGAGUUCAAUUCGUCAUUGCUGUAGGAAGAUAAUCCACAGCGCGAUGGUGUGAUGCAGUUCUUUUCCUAUAGUAGCACAUCCUGAAGUGUUUGUG